GGAGACUGCUGCCGGUGGAGAGGCGUCCGGUGCAGCAACCGGACCGGCCAUGUCCUCAAGCUUCAACUUUGUAAUGUGCCCGCAAGCGCUGAUGAAGAUCAGUUCAUGAACACGGCGUUGGUCGGACAGAUAAGUCAUUCCUUGCUCUCGCUGGAUCAUCUAGUCCACCUUGAUCUCAGCAUGAACUACCUUAACGGCUCGAGCAGCCAUAUACCAGAGUUCUUGAGCUCUUUGGCGAACUUGAGAUAUCUUAACCUCUCCGGCAUACCAUUCUCUGGUAGAGUGCCUCCCGACCUUGCUAACCUCUCAAAGUUGCAGUAUCUUGACUUCUCCGGCAUACCAUUCUCUGGUAGAGUGCCUCCCCACCUUGGCAACCUCUCAAAGUUGCAGUAUCUUGACCUCUCGGAGGGUCAACUUAUGUACUCAACCGACAUUUCAUGGUUAGCAGGCCUUCCUUUGUUGGAGUAUCUGAGCAUGAGCGGGGUAAACCUCAGCACAAUUGUUGAUUGGCCUGAUGUGGUGAACUUGAUUCCUUCUUUGAAAGUCCUCAGUCUUAGUUAUUGUUCUCUUCUAAAUGCAAACCAAUCACUCCCACGUAUUAACCUUACAAAUCUUGAAAGGCUUGAUCUCUCGGAAAACAAAUUUGACCACCCAAUGGCAUCCAGCUGGCUUUGGAAUUUGACAGGCCUCCAAUAUCUCAUUCUUCGGGGAACUGAUCUAUACGGUCCAGUUCCUGAUGCACUAGGAGAUAUGACGUCCCUCCAAGUCCUUGAUUUGUCAAUUAGUCAGAACAUGGGUAUGAUGACAGCAAUCUUGAAGAAACUAUGCAACCUGACUGUCCUAGACCUCAGCUUGUGUAAUCUUUAUGGAAAUCUGAAGGAAUUGAUAGAGCGGAUGCCGCAAUGCCCCUCGAACAAACUGCAGAAAUUGUAUCUGGGAUAUAAUAAUAUUACUGGAAUCAUGCCAUGUCAGAUGGCACACUUGACCAGCUUAGCUGUUCUUGACAUCCAUGGCAACCAUCUAACUGGAGCCAUACCACCAGGGGUGGGGCAGCUUGCUAAUUUAACUGUUCUAGACCUCUCUGAAAACAAACUUUCUGGACAUGUGCCAGCUGAGAUUGGUAUGCUUGCUAAUUUAACUGUUCUACACCUGGGUUUCAAUGAAUUGAACGGUGAUAUCACACAAAAACACUUCGCGAGAUUAACAAAAUUGAAGAUUCUAGACUUAUCUCGAAAUUCCUUGAAGAUUAGAGUUUCUUCUGAAUGGCUCCCUCCGUUCAGUUUAGAAGGAGCAAAUUUACCAUAUUGCCAAAUAGGUCCUCUAUUUCCUGCUUGGCUUCAAUUUCAGGUGAAUAUUCAGUGGGUUGAUAUCUCAAGCACAGGUCUAGUCGAUAAGCUUCCUGACUGGUUCAGUACUACAUUCUCGAAGACCACCUAUUUGGACAUCUCCCACAAUCAAAUCAAUGGGAGAUUGCCAAAAAACAUAGAGUUGAUGUCCUUGCAAUAUUUCUUUCUCAGUUCGAAUGAAUUAACUGGUCAAAUACCGUCCUUACCAAGAAAUCUUAGCAUGUUGGACCUCUCAUUAAACUCUUUAUCUGGAAACCUGCCAGCAAAAUUUGGAACUCCAUAUCUAGGAGCUCUAAAUUUGUUCUCCAAUCACAUCACUGGUGGUCUUUCUGGAUCUAUUUGUGAACUACAAAUGUUAUUUUUUUUGGAUUUAGGUAACAAUCUUUUCGAGGGGGAGCUUCCUCGAUGUUUUCCAGCUAUCCCCAGCUUUCUACUGUUAAGUAAUAAUAAUUUCUCAGGUGACUUCCCACCAUUCCUGCAAAGCUCCAUGCAAUUGUAUUUCCUUGACUUAUCACGAAACAAGUUCUCUGGAAAAUUACCACAGUGGAUUGGAGGUUUGGUGGGAUUACGGUUCCUACAAUUAAGCAAGAACAUGUUCUCUGGGAAUAUUCCGACCAGCCUCACAAAUCUUACUCGCCUUCAUCGUUUGAAUGUAGCCAGCAAUAGGUUGUCAGGUGCCAUACCCUGGGAUCUGUCAAGUCUGACAGCUAUGACAGGAAAACAUGUGAAGGACUCUAGGAUUGACUCAUUUCCUUAUGGAGGGUAUGUCCGUAUGUAUAUAUGCCUCAUGAAGUCGGAGAAUACUUCUCUGCGGUCACCAAGGGGCGAGAACUACAUUACAAUGUCAGAAUUUUUGAAAUGGUGAGCAUUGACUUAUCAUUCAACCACUUAUCUGGUGGAAUUCCAGAAGAAAUAGCUUCUCUUGAUGCACUGUUAAAUUUGAAUCUCUCAUGGAACCACUUAAGAGAAGUUCCAGACAAGAUUGGGGUCAUGAAGUCACUCGAAUCACUAGACCUCUCAAAGAACGUGCUUUCUGGGGAAAUCCCUUCCAGCUUAUCAAAUUUAUCAUCUUUGAGCUACUUAGACUUAUCUGAUAACAAUCUAACAGGGAGGAUACCAUCUGGACGGCAACUUCACACCCUCUACGCAGAGAACCCAUAUAUGUACAGUGGCAACUCUGGUCUAUGUGGGCCUCCUCUUGGAAGGAUUUGUUCAGGAAACGAUGCACCAAGGCAAGAUGUCCAGAAAAGAAAUGAACAUAAUUUUGAGCCAAUGUCCUUCUAUUUUUGACUCGGUUUGGGAUUUAUGCUGGGUCUCUGGGUUGUGUUAUGCAUCCUAUUGUUCAAAAAAGCAUGGAGCGUUGCUUAUUUCCGCCUCUUCGACAAGAUAUAUGAUCAGAUGUAUUUGUUUGUGGUUGUUACAUGGAAAAGCUUGGUCAGAGAGGGAUGUACUGAUUAAGUAUGAAAAACUGAAAACCAAGCAUUUUUUAGCUGUUGACAUAUGAACCUUGAAGACAUGAAACUUAAGAAGCA